AUGGAUAUGGUCCCGGCGAAUGAUCGAGCCGACUGGCGAAUAAUCGAAGAUAAAUUGUAUCAAGCACAACUCGAGUUCGAACCAAACACAAAAUCUUCCAAUUUCACUAAUGGAGAUGAGACGAAUGAUCGUGAUGAAAACGAUCAUAUUUAUUCAUCCGAUGAAGAUAAUAAUGUCUUUGAACGAUUCGAUAAUAUUCGUGGUUUUUGUGAUCAGUUUGCAUGGAAUGUAUUCAACAAUGAUUCACAUAUCUUUACAUUUACUACUUACAAGAUCUGGGACAAAUUGAUUUGUUCAUUGAGCGACAUUGAUCUAAAUUCAACAUAUGAACAUGUAUGUCAAUAUGUACUUGACUUCUGUUUUGGUAAUGUCAUGUGUGGCAAACAUGGUCAAUGUGUUAAUAGUCUCGAAAGUUUCAAAUGUUCGUGUUCAUUUUUCUUCGAUGGUGUUCUCUGCGAAAAAUUUUCACACCAGAUAUUACAAAUGAUAAUCGCUAUGAUUAUUAUUGCUGUUCUUGGAUCAUUCUUAUUAAUCGGCAAAGUUUGUACUGUUCGACGAUCUAUAAAUCAAUGGAUUAUUCAGUAA